AUGCCCCCUACUCUGGCAACGCUGCGGUCAAACGCCGUGGCAGCGUCGGCCACUCGCCGCUUUAAGAAGAGUGUCAUGUCGACCAGCAAACCACAGUCUGCUUCUGCGAGCGGCGAGUGCAGUACACGGCCGUCUCCUGGCGCACGGUCUCGCACCACGGUGACCUCACGCGGCUCAACACUCGUGGCCGUGCACCCGAACACCUCUGCGUCUCAGCUUGGAACCAGCACAAAAAGUUCCUCGAGGAGGAAGUUGCCUCUGAAUAGCAAAGGAGCGGAGCGCACCUACAAGCCAGCUCCUCUCACGGCGGUCGGCAGUGGGGCGUUGAUUUCGUCCCACACCCCACGGACCCCCAGCCCCGCCCUCUCCUGUGGCACUUCUCGCUCACCGCGCGUGCUAAUUUCGCCAGGUGUCGAUGAAAGAGCCAGCCGCACUCGUGCCAACUGUACCUCAUCUCUACCUUCAAGCUCCGCCGCCACGUCUGUGCCGUGCGCCCUCUACGAUUUGCAUCACGCCCUCCAGCACCGACUUCUCGAGGACCUCGGGUGGUCCCUCCACUGGUACUUGGACACAGAGACGGAGAUCAAACAGCUGGAGGUGUUCAAGGAACUGGACGAGAAGACCAAGCACCCCUCCCACAAAAAGGAGAACAAGCCGACCACAGCCGCAGCACAGGGGAAGACGAGUGAAGCAGCGACGGGCGACGGAGAGCCGAAGUCUGCGGCAGCUUCUCCUCGUGUGAGCCUCACGGCGGACCAGCAGGACAGCUCUGCACUAGGAGGCUCGCUGAAGGGCAACAUCUCCUCUCUCACGAGCCCACGCCACAGCGACCCCAACACCCCUCCACGUCCCCAUCGCAUCGACGUCGAUGGGCGAGAGCUGCCCUUCUUGGUCCAUAAGCCGAAGCUCGGCGUCACCACCAACCGCUUCGACUGCUACAUGUGUCAAGAUCUGUCCACGGAGGCUCGUUUUGCUGCAUCGCAGGCGCCCCGCUCGAAACUAAGCCGAAGCCCCUUCGAGUACCGUCUAGCGUCGCUACAGCGGUGGUUGAGCAAGCGCAGUGCUGAAUCCGACAAAGACAGGCUUCUUGCCUCCUGUCUGUCGCUGGAAACGCAGCGCUACCUGGCCUACCUCGGCUUCGCAGACUGCUGGACAUCGCUCUUUGUCACCGCAGGACUGCCGACGGUCAUGCCAGUGGCGGCCAGCUGUCCCUCGCCGCCACGCGAAGCGUCGCCGCGCCUUCCAAUGACGCUCUCUGGAGCAGCAUCACGCCUCGGCAGCGUUCCGCUCAGCUUUUACGUGUUGCCGGCGCUGUGUCGCUGGAAGUGCGUGACGCCGUUCCGCCGCGACAGGAUGCUGCGUGAGAGUGUGAUGCACCCCUUUCCGCUACCGGAGGCGUUCCUAUGGGGCUGUAGAGGCGCGUCUCUGGCGCAGCUGCAGAGCCGUGCUGAGGUGAGUAAGGCGCAGGCAGCGUCGGCAGACGUGUCACACUCACUGCCGUCGCUGACCUUCUUCACCAUACAGAAGAGGUCAGUCCUGACAGAGCGACGGCGCUCGUCUAUAUGGCGCAACCAAACGGCUUCUCUCGGUGAAUUUUGCGCGUGUGAUGUGUACCUUGUGGCAGCAACAGGAAGGGGCACCGGAGACGGUGCAGCGGUCGCAGACACUAUCGCGUCGGUGUGGGGCUAUGUAAAGAGGGAAGACGUCGACAGUCGUACCCUUUCUCUGCCCUCUUCACCCUCGUCUGCGGCACAAAAGUGCAAAGAUGGUCGAGAAGGCAGCACGACAGCAACCACCUCCGCCAAAUCGCCUUCCGGAGAGCUCUUCUACAUCGCCAGCAGUCUUGAGAACUAUCUUCGACUGGCCUUGAUGUUCGGGUGGGUGUAUGGGUGGCAGAUGUGCUUCUCGUCAGCCGGACCACCGCCCAACUCGGUGCUGUGGCUUCGCUUGGUGAACAAGUCCGCCUACGAGGCAGCACUGGCAGCAAGCAGACACACGGCACCGUAG